GUCGCUGGUGUCGCCUGCCGCCCUGCGGGCGCUAGACGGGCUGGUGGUGAUGAGCGACAGCGACGUGCUCUGGGUGCAGGCGCGGGGUGCGCGAGGGAGCGGCACGGCGGCCAACGACUCGUCAACGGACAGCAACGACGCCUGCCCCAGUCAACUUCAGGGCUUCGUCAUGUUCCGGUCUAGCCUGGCCCGCGAAAUCCAAGCGUACCUUGCUGCCGUGGGGUGCGCCAACGCCGCGGGCGGUGCGGAGUGGAGGUGGGCCCUCUCUCUGGAGGAGGAGAAGGCAGUCCAGGGGCGGCGCGGAGACCUGCAGAACGCCACGCUGCGCUCGCCUAUCAUUAUAAACUUCCCCGAACUUUACACCUUCAUCGAUGAUCUCCGGGAACGGAAGCGGGACUAUCGUCCGAAGACAAACUUCCCCGUCGUGAGGGUCAUGGCCGAACAAGCGAACGCCCACAUGCUCGUGUUCCAGCGGUGGGACUACGGCUACAACAGGGACGCCAACGGCAUGUUCGACGGGCUGAUGGGCGAGCUGCAACGCUUUGAGUGCGACCUGCUCUCCACCGCCGUGUACGUCACCGACGAGCGGCUGUACGUCCUGGACUCGGUGGCGGAGACCUUCCCCCUGAGGACGGGCGUCAUUUACCGGAUGUCUGGCUCGUCCCACUCGGCGGCCGACCUCUACCUGCGCCCCUUCUCCCGGGGCGUGUGGCUGGCCACCUUCGCCGUGUCGAUGGUGUGCGUGGUGCAGCUCGUCGCCUCGACGCGGUCCUGGAUGACGCGCAUCACCCUCGGCUGGGACGAGUGCCUCACGUCCGUGAUCGGGGCCCUGUGCCAGCAGGGCGCGGAUAGGACCCCCGAGACGGUGUCUGGCCGUACCGUGAUGGUGUUCGUGCUCCUCCUGAGCUUCUUCCUCUUCACGUCCUUCUCGGCGUUCAUCGUUGCGCUGCUGCAGGCGCCGGCCCGGCCGCUGAGCUCGCCCCGAGAGCUGCUCGCCUCCCCCCUCAAGAUCGGCGGCAUGGACGUGGCCUUCAUUCACGCCUGGUUCAGAGGGGAGACGUCCAAGAUCCCUCGCGGAGUCGUCGGGGACAUCUUCGUGAAGAAGAUCAAGAGCCACGAGCGGCCCGCCUUCCUGCCGGUUUGGGAGGGCAUCGAGCUCGUGCGUGGCCGGGGCUACGGGUACCAGGCCGAACUUAACGAGGCGUACCACGAGAUCCAGGAGAAGUUUACCCAGAGCGAGAAGUGCGACCUGUUCGAGAUGGAGCUGUUCCCCAGCGAGGCCCAGAUCAUCGUCACCGUCGAGAAGUCUCCUUACCGAGAGGCGUUCUCCAGAUUCGUUCGCUGGCAGCGGGAGCUGGGACACCUGGACCGCAUAGCCAAGCGCUGGUACGCGUCCCGCCCGCGGUGCGAGUCCGGCGCUCGGGGACUCACGCCCAUCGGGGUGCGAGAGGUGGUGCCGCUGCUGUUGCUCCUGACCUACGGCAUUGCGCUGUCGCUCCUCUGCCUGGCCGUGGAGUGCCUGACGGCGCGACACCAGGGCAAGCAGCCCACCCGCUCCCUCUGCCUGCGUCUAUUCGGAGGGCGGCCUCGGCACCUGCAGCAGCGGGAGCAGCGACCGAGACGCGCCAUGGGUCAACAGUGGACCGCGGACCAGGUCGACUGGCCGUGGAGGCCCGGACCGGCCAGCCGGAAAGCCGCUCACGUCGGCGACGAGGAUCGCGAACCGGGGCCGGCUCUACUCCUGGAGAGCCACACCCUCUACUGGCAGACGAGGGGCCGCGCCCUGGGGCACUUCGCCCGGCGAGCUCAGGAGCUGCAGCCGCACUCCCGUCAUUGACGGUCUUAGUCCUGACGGGGUGGAUGAGGUGGGCAGCAGCCCCUCGUCAGUACGUUGGAGUCAUGGUGGAGUUCCAUUGGGACUCGUCGUCAUUUUGCGAGAUUGACAAGGUCUUCAUGACAUUAAGACCAUUUUGAUCCACAUUUGGUCGCAAGAGAAAACAACAAUAAACACAGUUUUCCAAGAAUUUUUAUUCAGACUCAUAGGACCAACUAACUAACUAACUACACAAACUGAUAGUCAGGAUUAUCACAAUACUGUGGCGCAUAUCGGCCACAGGGAAGACAGGA